UUGUCAGGCCACCAGAAGCAGCUUUAUUUGUAAUAUCUUUCUCUCUUCCAACCCUUUCAUAGUAAUGAUUCCAUAGCUGAUAACACCUUCCUCUUUCUCAUCUUCUCUUUUCUCAAAGACUUAACCUUCUCUCUAUUAUAAAUCCACCCUUCAUAAUCUCUCUCUCUCUCUCUCUCUCUCUCUCUCUCUCCUCUUCCAUGCUUGUUCAUCUUUAUAGCUUUCUCUGUAUAUGUUAACUUCUGCAACAUAUCAGAAAUGGUGCAGAAAGUUUUGUGUCUCAGAUCCCAAUAUACUUGCCCCUCCCCCCUCUUUCUCUCUCUUCUUACACCACUAACAAGAAAGCACUGUUCUUUCUUUCUUACAGUAUCCAUUAAUCAGUAUAUCACUCUGUAACACAAAGGUCUUCCUUGUGGUCCUAAAAACCCUCUCUGCAUACCUAUUUUUCCUUUCUUUGUAAUAAUUACCUCUUUGUUUUUGUUACUUUGCUUCUUUUCUCUAUCUCUCUUUCUAUAUAUACAAACACAAAAGAAAAAAUAUAUUCUUUUAGUGUUAAACUGCUAAUAUACUAAUGCAAGAACCAAACUUGGGCAUGAUGGGUACUGGUAGUGGGGGUGCACUUGGUGGUUUAAGCAGUGGAGGAGGAGAAGUGUCUGUGUCGGUUUCCGGUGACCAGACUCGCCAACUUAAGGCAGAUAUAGCCACCCAUCCUCUUUAUGAACAGUUAUUAGCAGCCCAUGUAUCUUGUCUUCGUGUAGCAACACCGAUUGAUCAGUUACCUCUUAUUGAUGCUCAGCUAUCGCAAUCUCACCAUCUUCUUAGGUCUUAUGCUUCACAACAUAACCAUGGCCAUUCUCUCUCUUCUCAUGAGAGGCAAGAGCUUGACAACUUUUUGGCACAGUAUUUGAUAGUACUGUGUAGUUUCAAGGACCAACUUCAACAGCAUGUCAGAGUCCACGCGGUUGAAGCGGUCAUGGCUUGCCGGGAAAUUGAGAACACCUUACAAGCUCUAACUGGAGUAACUCUAGGAGAAGGAACAGGAGCAACCAUGUCUGACGAUGAGGAUGAUCUGCAAAUGGAUUUCUCUUUAGAUCAACCAAGUGUUGAUGGGCAUGACCUCAUGGGAUUUGGUCCCCUGAUUCCAACAGAAUCUGAAAGGUCCUUAAUGGAGCGAGUUAGACAAGAAUUGAAGAUUGAAUUAAAACAGGGUUUUAAAUCAAGAAUUGAAGAUGUGAGGGAAGAAAUCUUGAGAAAAAGAAGGGCUGGAAAACUUCCAGGUGAUACAACCACAGUCCUUAAAAAUUGGUGGCAGCAACACUCCAAGUGGCCUUACCCAACCGAAGAUGACAAGGCAAAACUGGUGGAGGAGACAGGGUUGCAACUAAAGCAGAUCAACAAUUGGUUCAUCAAUCAAAGGAAGAGAAAUUGGCAUAGCAAUUCUCAAUCUGUGACAUCCUUGAAGUCCAAGCGCAAAAGGUAAACAGACGGAGAAUCCCAAUUUAAUGUCGAUAUAACUGUCCUGCCAUGUUUGGGGUAUAUACUACUUUACUUGCUAACAACCAGUAGGAUUGUAACAGAUGAACUUGAUAUAGCUUACACAUGAGCUUUUUAAUUAGAUUUAUACCCUUAACAGGGUAUAGAUAUCAUCUCUCAUUUUACUGCUGCUCUGUAUUCUCUAUUUUCACUAAUAUAUAUAUGGCUUUUUGCUCCAUUUUUAAA